GGAGCCUUAAUUGAUUUGUAGCUACUGCCCAUCUUUGUUUUUUUUUUUUUUUUUGCGAGAAAAUCUGUUCAUCUUUCAUACUUAUCUCUCUAGCGGCCCUAGGAAAAGGCGGAUCUUGGGAGGUCUGAGUUAACUGGUUAGCAACCUAACCUACAAUCCAUGGCUUCAGCAGCAGCUCAUGAUGAAUUGAAACCAAGAGAUGUUUGCAUUGUCGGCAUUGCUCGCACACCCAUUGGAGCCUUCCUUGGUUCAUUGUCAUCUUUAUCGGCCGUAAAACUUGGAUCGAUAGCCAUUGAGAGUGCUUUAAAAAGGGCAAAUGUUGAUCCAUCACUUGUACAAGAAGUUUAUUUUGGGAAUGUUUUGAGUGCAAACUUGGGACAAGCUCCUGCCAGGCAAGCUGCGUUGGGUGCUGGAAUACCAAACAAUGUUGUCUGCACAACCAUUAACAAAGUUUGUUCAUCUGGAAUGAAGGCAACAAUGAUAGCAGCACAGAGUAUUCAAUUGGGUAUUAAUGAUGUAGUUGUUAGUGGUGGUAUGGAGAGCAUGUCGAAUGCCCCAAAGUAUUUAGUAGAUGCAAGGAAGGGAUCUCGAUUUGGAAAUGAUACCAUUAUUGAUGGAAUGCUUAAAGAUGGUCUGUGGGAUGUGUACAAUGACUUUGGCAUGGGAGUAUGUGCUGAACUAUGUGCUAAUCAGCAUUCAAUAGCGAGGGAUGAGCAGGAUACAUAUGCAAUUCAGAGUAAUGAACGAGGAAUAGCUGCUUCUAAAGGAGGUGCUUUUUCCUGGGAAAUAACACCGGUUGAAGUUUCAGCAGGUAGAGGGAAGCCUUCAGUGCUUGUAGAUAGAGAUGAGAGCCUUGACAAAUUUGAUCCUAUUAAACUAAGGAAGCUACGGCCCAGUUUCAAGGAGGAUGGUGGAUCUGUAACUGCUGGAAAUGCUUCUAGUAUAAGUGAUGGUGCUGCAGCCUUGGUUCUAGUCAGUGGAGCCAAGGCCCAAGAACUUGGAUUGCAAGUGAUUGCAAAGAUCAGAGGAUAUGCAGAUGCUGCUCAGGCACCAGAACUCUUUACAACAGCACCAUCACUUGCAAUACCAAAAGCUAUUUCGAAUGCUGGUUUGGAGGCUUCUCAAAUCGAUUUUUAUGAAAUAAAUGAAGCUUUUUCUGUUGUUGCUGUGGCAAAUCAGAAGCUUCUUGAUCUUCCUUCUGAAAAGCUGAAUGUUCAUGGCGGAGCUGUAUCACUCGGACACCCCCUUGGGUGUAGUGGAGCUCGCAUUCUUGUCACAUUGCUAGGGGUUCUCAGACAUAGAAAUGGCAAAUAUGGAGCUGCUGGGAUUUGCAAUGGUGGGGGAGCUUCAGCUCUUGUAUUAGAGCUCAUGUAAGGAAUUUUAAGUUUUUUUGGCGAGUUUUUAUUCCUUUUUAUCAUCUCCACUGAAAUAAAGGCUCUAUUAGACCACUUAGUGAAAUGACCUUGUCUGUGCCAUUUUAUUUAAGAGAACCUCCUUUAAACGUCUUCUGAAUAAUAUUAAACUAGCUUAUCAUUCACAAAAAUGUUUGUGAUUUGGUUUAAAUUUGAAA